AUGGAUGGUGGGUGGUGGUGGUGGAUGGUGGGUGGUGGUGAGGUGGUGGUGGGGGUGGGUGGUGGGUGGGGGUGGUGGGUGGGUGGUGGAGGCGGGUGGUCGGUGGUGGUAGUGGCGGCUGGUGGUCAUAAUGAUGGGGGGUGUGACUGCCGACCUCUUGGUGGUGACCGGAAACGUCCAACUGUAGGCGAAAAACAUGGCGCCUUCUUCUCCAUCGCGUAUACGCAUCGACUUCCACUUCACCAGCGAUAUCGUGAACAUCGACUUCCACUUCAACGCAGCAUGGGGAAGAUCUUGGAGGAUUUAGAGGCACAAUUACAAGUUGCUACAUCAUCAAUUGAUCCAUCUUGCAGGAUGCGUUAGAGACCAAGAGGGCAGAAUAGGAUUGAAAAAACAACCUUUGGAUCAGCAAUCUAGAAGCUGCAGUGUGGCCUUGGAAGACAUCGUAAAAAUCUUAUCCACUAGCACUCAUGCGUUCUAGAACGAAACCAGAGCGAGUAUAAAAAAUCUAGAGCAACAAAUGUCUCAACUUGCUACUUCUGUGAGUCGACUGGAGUCUCAAGGUAAAUUAUCGGGGCAAACUGAAAAUAACAAGAGAAACAUUACGUGAGUGCAAUUACCUUGAGGAUUGGUAAAGUUUAUGAAGGCUAAAGCGAACCGAAAAAAGAAAAGGAAGAAAACAUGGCUGAAGAUAAGCUUGGGGAAAAGGUUAUAGAAGAAAAAGAAGCUGAAAAAGAUGAAGAGAAGGAAACUCCAAGACCAACAAAGCCGAUCCUGAAGGAGUAAAAACCAGUUCCACCAUUCCCGUCACAACUGAAGAGCACGAAGCGCGAACGAGAGGAUAAGAAAAUCAUGGACAACUUUCGUAAGGUGGAGGUAAAUAUUCCACUUUUAGAUGUUAUUAAACAAAUUCAUCGUUACACUAAGUUUUUAAAAGAAUGAUGUGUUUCAAAGAAAAAGUUAAAAAUUAACGAAACCAUGAAAGCUGGUGAAAAUAUUUCUGCAAUUUUACAGAAAGGUUUACCUCCAAAGUGCAGGAAUCCAUGAUUUUUAUCGAUUCCUUGUAAAUUGGGAAGCCUAACUUUUCCAAAAGUCAUGCUUGAUUUAAGUGCUUCAGUCAAUUUCCUCCCACUUUUUGUUUUUGAAAAAUAAAAAUUGGGACCUUUAAAAAAGACCGAAACUAUCAUUUAGUUGGUUGACCGCUCAACAGUACACCCAAAAGGUGUAUUGGAGGAUGUUCUAGUCCAAGUGAAUGAGUUAAUUUUUCCCGCUGAUUUUUAUAUUCUAGACAAGGGAAUGUGGAUGUUUUUAUAAAACUCAAUUAUUUUAGGAAGAUCUUUUAUGAAAAUUGUUAAAACCAAAGUUGAUGUCUUUGUUGAUACACUUUCAAUUGAGUCUGAUGGUGAUGUGGUUAAUUUUGAAAUAAAUGAUGUUGAAAUUCCAACUUAUAACUUUUCUGUUAACUUUCUGGGUACCAACAUGCCUUUGUCUGAGAACUGUUGUGAGUUUUCUAAUCAUCUUGUGCAAGAAAGAUUUUCAGACAAAAAUUUUAGUUGUGGCACAUCAAAGAAGAUGACAGAAAAAGGCAAGCUUGGGGAGGAGAAGCUAAUUUCUGCUGAGGAAGCAUCAAAAAAGGAGCUGAAAAUAGGCAAGUUUGGGGAGGAGGAGAAGAAUUCUGAAAAGAGGAUCAGAAAAAGAAAAAAGAUUUAAGAAGCUGACAAAUGACUUAUCUGAUAAAAAUAUGAAGUGAAGGUACAUCUGAGCCCAAGGGCAAGGGCAAGGUUUGAUGGCGCGGCGUGCACUCUCACUCGGGCAUUUUAUGGGACACUAUGAUAUUUUGAAAUAAAGUUGUACUUGAUAUGGUUUGAAAACAAUUGUAACUGGUUUUUGUGGAUGAUGG